CCAGAGAGCCACGAAUUAAAUAUCCCAUUAAUAGGGUAUGACUUUUAGGGAGKAAAUAUCUAGGUUAUUUCUCUAAUUAUGGAUGUUAGUUAAAUUGCCCCGAUGACGCAGGAUGUCUCAUCUUGGAGACUGCCUCCGUUUCCAAGCUCGUUUCCAUGCACCGCCUUCUAACAACAUGGCGCCAGUUUACAGCGGUGCUGCCUUCCAAAGGGAUGCCAAAAACCGCGCCGUAAGAGGAAAAUAUGAUUGUUGAAUGUAACAGUUAACUACAAAAAGUAUAACGGUACCGUAGUAAUUAUAAAUAAUACUUGUGCUCUUUUCAUGUAAAAUUCUGGAAUUUGCGUGCAGCAACAGUUUGUUAGUGACAGGUUGCGCAUGAGCCCACCUGCCGGAGAAACUGUGACGACGGUGGAUCAAUAUGAAUCUCCUGAACCUGACAAUAUAGUGGACGAUAUCCUUUGAUAGAGACCUGCAAUAUUAUGCCCUAUUCUUCGACAGCGAGGUAACGKCUAAACGUCUCCGUAGACUCAUUGUAAUGCAAUAAACAACUUUCUCUUUAAAAAAAAAGCUCACUCUAUAAUGAAUGAAGAGAAUUAUGCGCAAUCGGAGGUGGAAAGGGAAAAGCUCCCUCCAAUAUGCCAUACGUCACCAACUAUGGAUUUGGGGCGUGGUGCGAAACAGCCCUUUCCCWCCCUCAGCACGUUCAUCUCCUCCCUUAACCAGCGGAGGGAGACGGGAGGACGGUUCAGCAUGGGCACAAACCAGUGUCUACCAGGUGGACGACAUGGGAGGGAGCUACCUCCUAUUUGCAGUGAUGUGAGGCAGAAACAGAGGAUCUCCAUCGACACACUUCCCCCCGAGGUGAAGGCCCCGUUCCCCUCUGAACCUGUCAUCCCCCUCCGCACUAAGACCAUCAAAGAGUUCCAGGAAGACAUGGAGCUAGCCACAACCUCAGGGGACUGGAGGGAUGUGAGGGAUUUCUACCUUACCACCUUUGACUCCUUUCUAGAGAUCAAUGCUGCCUUCAAGAGAGAAGCUAAUGCCCCAUUUAACACAAUCGAGGAUUCUGGAGUCAACUCAACAUUUUUGAAUGCUGUUUAUGAUGCUUUACUCUGCACACCCCAAGACAUCCAGAAAUCAGUGUUGAAGGGAAUCAUUAACAGCCUAUUAAGAGAAUGGAAAGGUCCCAGAACGAAAGAUGACCUGAGGGCAUACUUCAUCUUAGUUCAGAACCCUCAGUAUUCCAGCACCAGUACCUAUGUGAUCUAUGCCCACCUACUGAGACAGAUAGCUGCCCUGUCRGAGGCUGACCACCAUUUCCUAGUGCACUGGUUUAAAAAACUGUCUCCAAGGCGUUUCAGGCAGCUGGUGGAGCGGUUUCUUCACUUCAUCUCCACUCGUCUGUUACCUGCUCCUCCUGAUGAACUGCCCCCUCUGACCAGGUGCUCCUGGUGGAUCCCUGCUGCCACCAAGGUCCUCGCCCUCUUCAAUGCAGCUAACAGCAUAUCCACGCCUCCUAUCAUGUCCUUCACGGACUUCUACAACAUCACCUUGGACCACAUCGACAUCAUGGAGCAGUACCGCACCUGGCAGAGCCACGGCAACUCCAACAAGUUCUCUUUCUGCCAGUUCCCAUUUAUCCUGUCAACAAUGGUGAAGAGAGCCAUCAUCCAGAGGGACUCAGAAUAGCAGAUGAUCAGCAUGGCCAGACAAAGCCUGGUGAACAAGGUCUCCCGCAGGCAGAGAGUGAACAUGAACCUGCUGUUCCUCAACAUCAAGGUACGACGGGCCCAGCUACUCAGCGACUCAUUGGAUGAGCUGAGCAGGAAGAGAGCAGACCUGAAGAAAAAGCUCAAGGUCACUUUCGUAGGAGAGGCGGGGCUCGACAUGGGCGGCCUCACCAAGGAGUGGUUCCUGCUGCUGGUUCGACAGAUUUUCCACACUGACUAUGGCAUGUUCACCUACUUGAAYGAUUCCGGUUGUCAUUGGUUCAGCAGCUGGAAAUGUGACAACUACUCAGAGUUUCAAUUGGUCGGGACUCUCAUGGGUCUCGCUGUGUACAACAGCAUUGCUCUGGACAUCCACUUCCCUCCUUACUGUUACAAGAAGCUCUUGACUCCACCCAUUGUGCCAUGUGACCAGAAUACUCCCAUCGGCAUGGCAACCGCCACCCUGGGCGACCUGCAGCAGGUCAUGCCGGAUCUGGCUCAUGGGCUUGGAGAGCUGCUCUGCUAUGAGGGCAAUGUGGAAGAAGACUUCUAUCUGACCUUCCAGGUGUUUCAAGAGGAGCUCGGGGUGGUCAGGUUCCUAUAACCUAAACCUGGAGGUGACAAGAUUCCAGUCACAAACAGAAACAGAAAGGAGUAUGUUCAGCUGUACACUGGUUUCCUGCUUAAUAAGUCAAUUUACAAGCAGUUUGCAGCCUUCUAUCGUGGCUUCCACAGUGUGUGUGCGUCAGACGCUCUGAUGCUGCUGAGGCCAGAGGAGGUGGAGAUGCUGGUGUGUGGGAGUCCAGAGCUGGACAUGAGCGCCCUYCAGAGAGCAGCUCAGUACGAGGGCUACAGCAAAGCUGACCUCACAGUACGCUGUUUUUGGGACGUGGUGCUGGCUUUCCCCUUGGAGUUGCAGAAGAAGCUGCUCCACUUCGCCACAGGAAGUGACCGUGUCCCCGUGGGAGGGUUGGCCGACCUCAACUUCAAGAUCGCCAAGAUCGACGUGUCCACUGACUGGUUACCCAUAUCUCACACCUGCUUCAACCAGAUCUGCCUCCCACCUUAUAAAAGCAGGAAGGAACUGAAGCAGAAGUUAACCAUCGCCAUCUCAAACGCAGAGGGCUUUGGCUUAGAGUGACUCAGUCUACAGCUAUGAGAUUCACAGUAAGACGAGAGUAGGUGAUUCCUUUCCAAAUGUACUUUAGAAUUACAUUCCUUCAAAAAUAGAAUUUGAUAUAGACUACAUGACCAAAAMUAUGUGGACACCUACUCAUCGAACAACUCAUUCCAAAAUCAUGGGCAUUAAUAUGGAGCUGGUUCCCCCCUUU